AUGGUGUACAAUUCGUUGACUGACGUCCCACGGGAUUUUAGAGAGGGUAUUGACUGGCUGAUAGCCUUGAAGGGCACUGAUGCUGAAAGCAACAUUGCUGCCAUGGGUGAGGCAGUUUACAAUUUUCUCGUAGACAAACCUGUUGGACACACUGAGGUGCCAGCUCUUCAGAACGUUCAAAGCAUUGUUAAGGGGUUCCUUGAGCAGCCGGGUUUAAAGAACGUUUGGCCAGUAAACCGGAUUCUAGAGAAGUAUAACAAACGUAUCAAUAAAAAUCCUGGUUGGUUCACAAAGGCCUUUGGUGGUGCCGACGAAUGCGAUUAUAAGAACGUUAUAAAAAGCAAGCAUGUCAGUGCUAAGACCAUUGCAGGCAAAUUGGGCAUUGCCGUGAAUGGUUAUGAAAGGUUGCUGAAAAAGGUCAAAACCCCAGAACAAUACAAAUCUGCGUACAGUUCUGAAGCAACGUGGGAGGCAUCAUGCUCGCAAAAGCCGGAAGACUGCGCAGUCGUCCUCGUGGGUAUUGCGCCUAUGUUGUACGCAGGACUACGUUCUAUGUGGAAGGCGAGCCAUGGUCAAAGCUUUAGUUGGGUGCCUAAGAGUAAGAAUAAAAACAUUUUGGUGACUGUAUUGCGCUCCCUGGGUUUCAAACAUCCAGAGUGCCGGGACAAAAUGAGCGCUUCAUACGUUUCAGAGGCACUGGAAAAUGUGACGAUAGACAUGUUAGAAACUUUCUACAAUCUUUCUGGCUUCUGGGCUUUCUAUGGAUCUGGUAAAAUAGGUGCUGUGGGAGAGAAACAGCCUGUAGAACCUGUAAUCCCUGAAGCCGAGCCAUCCGUUGAAGGUGAAGGCGAGCAGUCCUUGAUCCCUGAAGCCGAGCCAUCUGUAGACGGUGAAGGUGAGCAGUCCAUGAUCCCUGAGGCUGAGCCAUCCUUUGACGGCGAAGGCGAACAGUCUGUUAUUCCCGAGGCUGAACCAUCCUUUGACGGUGAGGGUGAGCAAUCUUUGAUCCCCGAGGCCGAACCGUCCGUUGAAGGUGAGGGUGAGCAGUCUGUCAUCCCUGAAGCUGAGCCAACCUUUGAAGGUGAGGGCGAACAGUCCGUGAUCCCUGAAGCUGAGCCAACCUUUGAAGGUGAGGGUGAGCAGUCUGUUAUCCCUGAAGCUGAGCCAUCUGUGGAACCCGCCGGUGAAGAGCCUGUUGUCCCUGAGGCUGAACCAUCCGUAGAGCCUGUGAAGCCUGAAGUCGAUGAGGUUGAACAGCCUAUGAAGGUUGCGAAGGCUGCUAAAGUGGCAAGGUCUGUAAAGGCCGCCAAGAAAGCUGCCAAGAAGGUUUCCAAGAAAGCCCGUCAGAAAAAGCAGAAGAAACAGCAGGAAUCCGCUGAGCAGUGA